AUCCUUCCAAUUUUUUCCUAUCCACUAUUUUCACUCUUUAAUGAACAGAGGGCUGUGCAUUCUCUCCACCCGGAGAGAAGUUUGUUAGGAACGAAAAACAGUUGGGCGACGGUUACUUUUUCGCGGGAACAACUCCUCGCUGUACAUCGUAACUGACAGACAUCCAAUUCUUUUCCCUCGCGUUAAAAAAACUGGACCUUUGGUGGCAUUUUCGUCUUCACAUGCGGACCACUGUUUUCUUCUACGAUUCAAUAUUUUUUGGCAAGAGCUCCAAAAGGGUUGGGUGGUGAAAGUGGGAAAUGAUAGUAUUGGUGUAAAGCUUUCGGCAAUGCGUCUGUCACCCUCCUCCCUCUUUCUCUUUUCCUCUCUGUGGGUUCCCUUUUAAUAUUUCAGAGCCGACUUUCUGGCCGGUGUCGGCGUGGAUGGAUUGUCCAACUUUCUUUUGUUUUCAUAUAUGUCACCUUUCUCCUUUUUAUUUUCUGUAAUAUUGCAACCCCAAAUCCUCAAAGUCCCCAUCGUCGUCUUCUCCCCCAAAAUCCACCCCAAUUCACUCCUUCCACUUCUGGGUUCCAGCUUCAACGGAAGCUACCAGAAGCUCAUCCUCGACGAUACCGUCUCUCUCGCGAUCAAGCGCCUAAACCCCUCCAAAAUCGGUGGCGGCGGCGGCUCCCGUGAGUCCCAAUCCAAGUCGUCCCUCAACCGAGAAACCCAGCACCAGCUCGAACUGCUCGUUGGGUUGAAACACCGCAACCAGCUCGAACUCCUAGCUGUUCUUGAUCUUAGAUCUAAGGAUUGGGGAUCUGUCGAUCUGGGCUUUGGUUAGUCAAUCAAAUCAUCGGCCUCCAGCUCUAUCUUCCACCCUCCUAUUGCCUUCUUCAAUUGACUCUCUACCCCAUCGGGAACUUCCGAAACAGCUGGGUAUUCCUUGAAAGGUACUGGUCGUGCCAUCUUCGUUCUUUGUCUGUGAAAUUGUUUGAAAAUGAUGUUCAGGGUUUUUUCACUGUGGCUAUUUGAGAAUCCCACGAGCUCGUUUCUUUGUGGUUGUGGAGCUUUUGAUUGAUCGUUUUGUGUAUCCCGCAAGCAGAUAGUAAGCCCUUGCCACUCGUUAGUUGGUUCUACUGGGAGGCUUUGAUUGAUUGUUGUGUGGUAGCUAGCCGCUAUCUAGCAUUUUGAUUACACCCUUCUGUUUCCAUGGAGUUGAAAGCUGGCAGAAAUUUGUUGAAAUAACAAGCCCUGCUCUUCCUUUCCCGGAUUCUUAAGCAAUGUUACCUCUCAUUCCAUUCCUUGAAACUGGAGAUCGUUUUCAUAUUUCUUUUCCAAUUUCCCAUUCCUUCAAGUUUUGGUAGUGAUAUAAGCUGGGAAUUAUUGAUGAAGAAGCAUAAUUUCUCAGCUCACAGGCUUAAUUUACUUUCUCGUUGAGGAUUCGGUGAUGAGGAUGUUUACCAUGGACCUCUUACAUUGUUUCAGAUUGGUGUUGGAUUCGCUCAUCAGAGCCCUGCCCUUUUCUUCUCCUGCUGUUGCUGUUUUGCUUCCGUUGUUAUUGAGAAAUAUAAAACGUUUAGAACAGAGGUGUAAUUUAUUUGAAUUUUUCUUCUGGGUUGUGACUGAAUUUGCCCAAUGAUGACAGCUCUCGCUUGGUGGGAUUAGGAUUAGUUGUAUUUUGGCACUAGAGUUAAACACCACUAGUGCAUAUGAAAGUUUGUCUAUACUGGGGCUACUGUUUUGUCUAAUUUUGACCUGAGAUAAGCAAUUAUGAGCAAUAGUCCUUAACAAAAGUGGGUUUUAGCU